UCCUGUUUUUGUAAUCAACACCACCUCCACAGGAAAUGAGAAACCAAGGCUUUGCUUUAUACAUUUUCCUUUCUUUCUUAGACUUGACAAUGAUUACAUAUGUGCAGCCAUGAUCAGUGCAGAAGAGACAGAAAGGGGUUCAUGCUACCGGAUAGCUCCAGGUGCUCUGGCAGGUGUGGUUCUUGGUGACAUCGCACUUACAAUACUGAUUGUCUGUGUGACAUAUUACUGUGCUAGUAAGCGUAGAAUCAAGAAGGAAAACGCUGAUAAAGUCUACAUGAAUGUCAGAGCAAACUGCACAAAAUAAGGAAUUUAAGAGGAUGAAGAUCUGACUGUUUCUACUUGCCUAUUUGACAAAAAGGCUUUUGUGUGGUCCAGCUUGCAAAAGACUUUCAAACCAUAAAUUGUGCAUGAAUAAUUACUCAAACUUCCACUGGAAAAAAAAAACCUAGUUGAUUCUGGAUUACUUAACGUAUCAGAUCAUGUGACACUGUUCCACAAUUAUCGACACCUUUUGUCCACAGUUAUCGACAUCCAGAUGAUUAUUUAUAAAAUAAAAUUUUAAAAAAAUUGGUAUAUGGUAUUAAUUUAACAAAACAUUAGUUUGUGUUUAAAAUUUUUUUUCCAUAGACUUAUAUUUAGUACAAAAUAUCUUUUAUAUAAAUAUAUUGGGCGGCACGGAGGUGUAGUGGUUAGCGCUGUCGCUUCACAGCAAGAAGGUCCGGGUUCGAGCCCCGUGGCCGGCGAGGGCCUUUCUGUGCGGAGCUUGCAUGUUCUCUCCGUGUCCGCGUGGGUUUCCUCCGGGUGCUCCGGUUUCCCCCACAGUCCAAAGACAUGCAGGUUAGGUUAACUGGUGACUCUAAAUUGACCG